AUGAGGGCUUUUCUAGAGGACGACCAGACGUACCGCCGAGUAACGAAGGACCUUACCAGCAUGUACCAGAGCCAGAACAACUCAAUCGUUAAACGAAUUCAGGAUUUAAAACUCCUUGAUCCGUUUGCUGCAUCUAAACUGAAGACGUACAUAGCUGUAUGUCCGAAAAUCUACGACAAACCGAAGGCCCACAAACCAGGGUUACCGCUCCGACCCGUUGUUCCAUGUAUGAAUGCCCCGUCGUACGAGCUCUCGAAAUUCGUCAGCACGAUCGUGAAAACAUCCCUGACGAGUAAGUACAGCAUUAAAGGUUCGUUCUCAUUCUGCAACUAUGUGAACUCCCUUGAGCUGCCACAAGGAUACGUGCUGGUGUCAAUCGACGUGGUAGCACUGUUCACAUCCAUACCAAAGAACCUAGUCAAACAGACCAUUUUCCGGCACUGGAACGAGUUAAAACAGAACACCCCCAUCUGUCUCGAUCUUUUCUGGGAAGUCACGGAAUUCUGCAUCGAUUCCAGCUACUUUGUGGACCAGCUACUCAAAGGACAAUUCUACCAACAAAUAUUUGGCACGGCGAUGGGAAACCCUCUGUCACCGAUAAUCGCCGAAUACGUAAUGGAAGAUUUGUUGGAAAACGCCCUGGCUUCGACCCCCAUCGUUAUCAAUAACUUGAAGAAAUAUGUCGAUGAUCUGUUUCUUGCGCUUCCUGAAGGAAAUAUUCAAGAAGUGUUGGACUCGUUCAACCAGCAGAAUGAACAUAUCCAGUUCACUGUAGAACGGGAGGAAAACAACCGACUUCCGUUCCUCGACAUGAUGCUGGUCAGAUUAGACAAUCAAACGGUGAAAACGGAGUGGUUCAAGAAGCCAAUUGCAUCGGCAUGCAAACAACACAAAAACAUAGGCUCGCUUCUUCCACUGGUCAAAGACAAAACUCCGUUGGAAGAACGCAGCAAUGUUGUCUACCAAAUCAAUUGCGAAGACUGUGAUGCAUGCUAUGUCGGAAUGACAACACAAAAAUUGAAGGCGAGAAUUUCAAAACACAAGUCGAACAUGAAAAAACUACAGACACUCCAACAAGCAGGCCACACAACCAGAGAUGCAGUAAUCGUGGACAUAAUGGAGACAACCGCUGUGGUGAAUCAUGCAGCCAGGGAAAAACACACGUUCAAGCUAGACGAGACGAAAAUACUGGACACAACAAACAAGGCGAGAAAUCUACCGAUACUCGAGAGCUGCCACAUCAACAAUACACCAAACACGAUAAACAAACGAACAGACACGGACAACCUUCACGUCGCGUAUGCGGGGUUUCUGCACUGGCUCCGAAAUAAACAGCAGAGAGCGAGAGGCAGAAACGAAUGA